UUCAUUACAGUGUCAUCUGAAAUUCUAGAAGCACCGAUUGAACUGGCAUACAGAAGUUUCUUAAACGUUGGACUCUAUAGUGAUUUGCUUCCUCAACAACGGAGAGUAUUUUCGUGGUCCUCCUGAAAUGGUACAGAGCUUUUCUAUAAGCUUUUUCAUUGUUAUUUGCAUCAUACUGUGCUGUCAGCUAUCAAUUAUUGAGGGUAGAAGAACAAAUUCUAAACCGAGGAAAGGCCUAAGACGUCAAGGAAUCGACAUUGGGGAAUUUCCAGGUGAGCUUGACAACAGAAGACAAGGUCGCCCAGGGCAAGAUGGAGAUGUUUACGAAUUUCAUAGAUUUCAACAUUAUGGAUUCAAAACACCUGCACCGAGCACUUUUAGUCUCGAAAGCAUGUUGGCAUUCCUAGCACCACUAGCUACUCUUCCCAUAAUCGCUAGCGCAGCUCUGAGUAGUAUGGCGGCAAUUCUACCGACUCUUACGACAGAAGGUAUGGUGAAGGGCAGAGGAAGAAGAGAAGCUGUUCAAGACAUGUUAAACUCCUCGUUCAAUUUUAAUUCAUCCUCGUGGGAACUCACGUCAAGAGGAGACAUUUCAAGAGAGCGUGAUAUCCGUGACAUAGACAUAAUCCAUAAGUACCUCAAACAAAUGAGCCCCAAAGCCGAUUACAACGAUCAGGUCAUGGCCUCAUAUUUGCAAUGCAGUGGAAUGCUCAGUUACAAUAACCACUGUUUGGAGAGAUUAGCCUGCCAGUUUUCAGACAGUUCGUCAAAAAUGCCAUCGCUCGAAAAAGAUGUUUCAUCCUUAAUAAUUUAUACUAUACUGAAUAAUAAGCAUAUAAAGCCUGAGUUCAAAGAAAGAAUAAGAAAGGCAGCAUUUUAUGGCAGAGACACCAAUGGACGAUGUGGAUCAUACUUCUGCUCAAGGAAUGACUUCAGACAGAUAUAACUAUUGCAUAUUGACAGAAUAAGGAAUGCUUAUCAUUUUGCACAAAA